GCAGGCCAUGGUUGGAAGCAGUUCACGCGCGAGCACGGUUGGAUCAGUAUCAUCGCAUGAUUUGCCCAGAUGUGGGUGUGGUAACACGAUGAAGAUGUGGAGAGCCAACACAGUGCAAAAUCCCAACCGGAAAUUCUGGAAAUGUCGAAGCUCUGGGACUGUUAAUAGCUGUGAACUAUUUCUAUGGGAUGAUGAAAUACUUCAUUUCAGCAAAGGAGAAGAUGUAACUUCACCAUUUUGUAAGAAGUGUGAUAUUCUACAAUUGAAAUUGGAAUCAGUGUCAACCAAAUUGGAGAAAGCGAAGAUGAAGGUUGAAGUUCAGAAAAGGAAAAACAUGCAGCUUAGGAUAGUUCUUAUUGUGUGUUGUAUGAUUGUUGUAUGUAUUUACAAUUUCUACUAAUCUGUGUAAUUUAGUUAAGUUUGAUUGAUGUAAUUUUCAAUGAUGUGUAAUA